AUGGCUACCACUCAGCAGACAGAGAAGACCGACGGAGUGCAUCUGGAAUUCGAGAAUUCUCCGGCCCAGGAGACCGCGCCGCUCGAUAAAAUCGACACGGUCCACAACGAUGAAGGUAUCGCCAUCAUCGCCAACUACGACGGCGAGCAGACGUGGACCCCGGAGGAGGAGAAGAAGCUGGUGAGGAAGAUCGACAGGAGAGUACUGCCCAUCCUGUUCGUCACCUUCGCCUUGCAAUUCUAUGACAAAUAUAUGUUGUCGCACGCUGCUAUCUUUGGGCUGAGGACCGAUCUCGAUCUCACGGUCGGGAACCGAUAUGCGAUGACGGCGGCCAUCUUCUACCUGGGCUACAUGGCCGGCGCGUAUCCGAUGACCCUGCUGGCCCAGAGGUUCCGCAUCAACCAUGUCAUCUUCGCUACCGUCCUCAUCUGGGGCCUUUGUGUCUUGUCGACCGCCGGCUGCACCACUUACAGGGGGAUCUAUACGCAACGGUUCUUUCUCGGGAUCCUGGAGUCGGGCAUCCCACCGACCUUCAUGGUCGUGGUGGGCAGUUGGUAUACAAAGGCAGAACAGACCUUCCGCCAAGGGAUCUGGUUUAGUGCCGCUGGCCUCGUCGCGGUCCCGGCGCCUCUGGUCAACUACGGCCUAGGACAUAUCAAAGGCGCCCUUGGACCCUGGCAAUACAUGUAUAUCUUCGCCGGCUCGAUAACCACGCUGUGGGCGGUGCCGAUCUUUUUCUUCAUGGAGCCGGAUCCGGUGCACGCGAAGAGUCUCAGCGAGCGGGAAAAGUUCAUCGCCAUCAGCCGCAUCAAGGUCAACAACACGGGCGUGCGCAACACCCACUUCAAAACCAAGCAGCUGGGGGAGAUUCUCAUGUCGCUGAAGUUCUGGCUGUUGGCCGGCAUGGGCCUGUGCAUCACGGCCAUCAGCACCAUCAGCACGGUGUUCCUGCCCAUCCUGAUCGCGGGCAUGGGCUUCAGCGGCUUCAACGCGCUCCUCCUGUCCGUUCCCGUGGGCGUGGUCUCGACUUUUCUGUGCAUCGUGACCACCUGGACCUGCCGCGUCCUGUCCAAGUACAACCCGCGCACCUGGGGCAUCUUCGUCUGCGGCGUCUGCAUGCUCCUGACCGCGGCCAUCAUGUGGAAAGUGCCCCACGCCCCGAUCGGCGCCAAGUUGUUCCUCCUCUACCUCAUCCAGUGCUUCCCCGGAUGCUACGCGCUGAUCAUGGACUUGUCUAUCGCCAACACCGCUGGCUACACCAAGCGGACCCUGAUGUCUGCAGGCUUGUAUUUUGGUUACUGCGUUGGAAACUUUGUGACACCCUUCACCUUCCUCGUCGAGGAGGGGCCGACCUACCCGACGGGCUUCACCUACAUUACCGCGGUGAUCUCCCUCUUCCUCGUGCUCGUGCUCGUCCUCGCCUAUCGAUUUGUCUGUGUCCGAGAGAACAAGAGACGGGAUGCCGCCGGGUUCGUGGAGAGCUUCGACCACGCCUACGAGGACGACGCGACGGACAAGACAAACAUGAAUUUCCGUUAUGUCUACUGA